GUUUACGCGCCUGGCAGUGCACGGGUUCGACCACCGAAUAUGCCAGACAAUGAGUUUCUAUGUCCAAAUGACAAAUGUAUAUGCAGUGAAUGUGAAAGACAGUGUGAGCGUUAUCACAUAAUAAAUUGAAAAUCUAUAAGCAUGUAUGCCGUCGAAAACUAAUUGCACAAUAUGUGCAAAUUUCCGUAAUUAUAAAUCGUACUGUAGAAUAUAUUCUAAUCUCCUUGGUCCUUGUGCAUGGCGUGGCUGAACCAAGACUCUAGAAAGAGCUCUAGAUUAAUAUAAUCCUAGUUCAACCUGGACUCUAGUUAACUUUUGUUGUUGGUGUUUGUUGUUUUGUGAUAUAUUUUUUCAGAGGUGGUUUAACGUGCAAAGGAUAAACUUGUAUUGAUACUUUUACCGUAAUGCUUAUUCUUUGAAGCGAUCUCAGCCUCUCGUUUCGCACGCCAUAUUGUUGUCAAGUUUCACAAGUUUUCCCAAAUAGUGUGUAUUGUGUUGGUGUGCGCCGGUGUGUUCGACUACUGCCAAUGUGUGGGGAGUUGAAUUUGAGAACAUUCUACAGAGAAAUUGUAUUUGCUUUUAUAUUGUUCUCAAAAUAUGGCAUGUUUUUAGGCAUGCAGUUGACCGCUGCUUACAUCUUUGCGCUGGAAAUUAUGUUUUCUUCCAACGUUUAUUGCUCUAAUUUGGAGAGUGGAAAUAGUGAGUCAUUAGAGUUAUCCAGAGCAAGAAAUGAAACAACUCUAUUUGAUUUUACAAGACUUCAUUCAGUUGAUGAUUGGAUGGAGCAGUCGGAUACUGUAAGAGAAGUUGGGAAAUCAAAAGCAGUAUUAGUCUUGCAGAAGACUAAAGUCUUUCAAAGAGCAGUUUUCUUUUUCCUUCUGAACCCACAACCAAAUGGUGCUGGAUUUGCUGGUGUUCGUAUUUCAACAUCACUUGAUUUACAUCAUUAUGAAAACAUUGCAUUAAAGGUUCGAAGACAAGGCAAUGUUCCUGGAUAUAAAAUAAUCCUCAGGCACAAAGGGCUCAAUGACGAGCCUCAUCCAACUUAUGAACAGUUUUUUAUGGUCGCGCUGAACGAGUUUCAAGUGGUCAACUUGCCAUUAGCGGACUUCAAACCAUUUUACAGAGGACGCCCUCUAAAUGAAUCAGAAGUUGGUUCAUUAGAUACCAGAAAUAUAACAAGCUUUGGAGUGCAAGUUUAUGGUGGAGUUUACCUUCCUGUAAAACAAUCUGGUCCAUCAACUUUGGAAGUAGAUUGGAUUAAAGCUACCAAUACAAACCAGCAAUUUGUUACCUUAAUUUAAUCUCUCAUAUUUGUAUUUUAAUUUAGAAAUAACCAAAACUACUAAGAAUUCACUUGUUAUUUGUUAAUUAAAUCAGUCACCAUGGAGGAUGUUAGAAUUAGACGUGUGGUUCAAACAGAAGAUCUCUCAAAUGUUGAAUUUGAAACCAGUGAAGAUGUUGAAGUCAUUGCGACUUUUGAUAACAUGGGCUUACGAGAGGAGUUGUUGCGAGGGAUAUAUGCAUAUGGAUUUGAAAAACCAUCUGCAAUUCAGCAGAGGGCUAUCAAACCCAUUGUGAAAGGAAGGGAUGUAAUAGCUCAGGCUCAAUCUGGAACAGGUAAAACAGCUACAUUUUCAAUUGCUAUAUUGCAAUCUUUGGAUACAACAGUACGAGAAAGCCAAGUAUUGUGUCUCUCUCCAACAAGAGAACUGGCUGUUCAGAUUCAAAAAGUCAUUUUGGCUUUGGGUGAUUUUAUGAGUGUACAAUGUCAUGCUUGCAUUGGUGGUACCAAUCUUGGAGAAGACAUCCGUAAAUUAGAUUAUGGACAGCAUGUUGUCUCUGGGACACCAGGCAGAGUAUUUGACAUGAUCAGAAGAAGAGUGUUACGCACAAGAUCUAUAAAAAUGCUAGUGCUUGAUGAAGCCGAUGAAAUGUUGAACAAAGGUUUCAAAGAACAAAUUUAUGAUGUUUAUCGCUACCUUCCUCCUGCAACACAAGUUGUUUUGAUUUCAGCUACUCUUCCUCACGAGAUCUUGGAAAUGACGAGCAAAUUUAUGACUGAUCCGAUCCGUAUAUUGGUGAAGCGUGAUGAAUUGACACUUGAAGGAAUAAAGCAAUUUUUUGUAGCAGUUGAAAGAGAAGAAUGGAAAUUUGAUACCCUUUGCGAUUUGUAUGAUACUUUGACAAUUACUCAAGCAGUUAUUUUCUGUAAUACUAAGAGGAAGGUUGACUGGCUUACAGAAAAGAUGAGAGAAGCUAAUUUUACAGUGAGUUCAAUGCAUGGUGACAUGCCACAGAAGGAGCGAGAUGCUAUAAUGAAGGAAUUCAGAUCAGGACAGAGUAGAGUUUUAAUUACCACAGAUGUCUGGGCAAGAGGCAUUGAUGUUCAACAAGUGUCAUUGGUUAUAAAUUAUGAUUUACCAAACAAUCGUGAGUUGUACAUUCAUAGAAUAGGUAGAUCAGGACGAUUUGGUCGCAAGGGUGUGGCUAUUAAUUUUGUUAAGAGUGAUGAUAUCAGAAUUUUGCGUGAUAUUGAACAGUACUAUUCUACACAGAUUGAUGAAAUGCCAAUGAAUGUGGCAGACUUGAUUUAAUUAUGUAUUCCAACACUUCCUGUUUUGAUCCACACAAUAGAUUAAACAUUUGUAUAGUGAAAAGUUUUAGGUGAUAAGCUAUAUUUUUUUGUAAAGUUUAUUAAUUCUUACUUCAUUUUGUGUAAAAUGUAAGAGUCUUACAUUCUGAAAUAUGUAUAAUUCUGGUGUCUAGUGUUUUUAACACUACAAUAAAUGUUAAUUCAACCAAUGAUAAGUUUUUUUUAAUUUUCAAUAUAUAAAU